AUGCCCCAACCAGAACGCCCAAAACCCGAACCAACAACCAUCCCCAACCCCCGCCGUCUCCUCAUCCUAACCCCCUCGCAACACUCCCUCACCACAAUCCCCCCAUUUCUACACUCCCUCACCGGUUCCCCUGUCCUCAAUCCCCCGACUUCUACCUCCACCCUCGACCAAAAACUCCCAGAUACAGAUUCUAAGGACGAUACCACGACGACAACUACAUUCGCAGGCUACACCACGCAUCCCCCGCUCAGACUCGAGAAUAGGUAUUAUAAAGCCGAGGUGCCGAUUUGGGUGGAUGAGAUUCCAUUGGAGGUAGAGUUGGGGAGUUCUUCUGGAUCUGGGAGUGGGGAUACAAAUACGAGCACACGUAAUGGGCAACCGGGAUUAAACCCCGAGGAUAAAGACAAAGAAGGACAACAAGAACCCCUCACACCAAGAACUUGGCGGAAAGAAUUCUCAGGCCCAGAAGCGAAGGUCGUUAGAGAUGCUGUCGGGGGAGUGGUUAUUUGCUUGCGCAAUUUGGAUCCCCGGUCUCCGUCUACAUCUACUACCUCUACCGCUACAUCUACAGAACAAGAUGUGGAAGAAACACCAGAGUGGAAAGGUCUAAAGACGUUCCUGGAAGCUGUCGGUUCCGUUAAGGGUGUUAUGGAUGAGGAGAGGGGCGGGCUGGGUGACGUUCUUGGGUUGGUUGUUUUGGUUGGUAGGGAGAGGGAGUCUGGUGUUGGUACUGGUGCUGGGAGUGGGGACCCGGGUGAAGUUGAUGGCUUGGGGGAGGAGGAAGAGGUGUUUUCUGUCCCCUGGUGGGAGGAUAAAUUGUUUGAUCUUGGGUUGGUGGGGUUUGAGGUUGUUAAUUGGGAUCCUAGGGAGGCUGGGAAUGGGGAGGAGAGGAAUCGGUUUGGGGAGUAUCAAGGUAUGCGAAGGGUGAAGGAGAUUCUAGAAACGCAUGAUUGGGCUUCGGCGCCUUCUGGGGAGUCGGAUGGUGUGGACGACGUUGAGGAUGAGCUGGAGAGGCAUUUACUUGAAGAUGGGUUCGACUUGGAGGUGAACGAGUUGGAGCGGGAGAUGGUUGGGUUGCGGUUUGCGAUGGAGAAUGGAGAUGACGAUUUAGGUGGGAUUGACGGCGACGAUGAGAUGAAGGUUGAGUCGAUGGAGGCGUUGAUGCUGAGGAUGAAAGCUAUUAAAGAUAUGAGUGAUGAGUUACCGGAGAGCGAGCGGAAACGAUUUGCGGCAAAAGCUGUGCGAGACAUCAUGAAGGAGUUAUAG